GAUCUCGCUACGCCGGAAUCGAUUCAUUAUGAUAAAGGCUAAUACCCCAAAUUUCUGGGUAGAUCACGUUUAGCCCAAAACGUGGUCUGAUAUUGAUUGUUUGCAUUGUACCGAAGGGUUCGUCCAGCUUCUCCGAGUGCGCUAUUUAUUUUUUGAUCUCUCUCUCUCUUGUUGUUGAAUCAUCGUUCACCGCAAUGAACGUAAUCUUCACCGAAUCGUGUGAAUCAUACUUAGAGUAAUGUCAAGGAACAAGAUUCUUCCAUGCGCUUCCAUAGUAAUAUGAGCAAAAUUUUGACGUGUUCUUUUGAUUUAUCUCCAAGAAAUUAUUAAACGUUGUAUAAAUUGUAAAUAUAUAUAACAAAGAAGAGUAUUCUUUACAUUGCAACCUUUUCUUCGAGAAACCGUUGUAGGCUACUGUACCUGUCAAACCAGGUCUUGAUUGCUGAGAUGGAGUUGCAAGAUAUUUUCUAUAAUAAAGUAGAAUAUGUGGAAACGGCAUCUGGAAAUAAAGUAAGCAGACAGACUGUUCUCUGUGGUUCUCAAAAUAUUGUUUUGAGUGGAAAAGUGAUAGUUCAGUCAGAUGCAAUUAUACGGGGGGAUUUGGCAAAUGUAAGAGCUGGUCGACACUGCAUAAUUAGUAAGCGUGCAGUUAUUCGUCCACCUUUCAAGAAAUUUAGUAAAGGUGUUGCAUUUUUCCCCCUUCAUAUGGGUGAUCACGUAUUUGUUGGAGAAAAUUCAGUAGUGAAUGCGGCUGUGGUUGGAUCAUAUGUUUAUAUUGGGAAGAACUGUGUCAUAGGCCGGAGGUGUGUACUGAAAGAUUGUUGCGUGAUAGAAGAUAACACAGUGCUCCCCCCAGAAACAGUUGUGCCCUCAUUCACACGUUAUGCUAGUUCUCCUGGAGUGUGUAUUGGUGAACUCCCAGAAUGUACCCAGGACCUUAUGUUAGAGUUCACUCGCAGCUAUUACCAACACUUUUUGCCAGCAAAGUAAACUGCACUCAAGGUUAUUAAAACAGACAAUAAAGUUGGUUCACAAUUAUUUGUGAAAAUAAGCAGUGAUAUUCUAUAUUUAUUUUACCAUGCUGUUAAAAUAUUUGUCAAAUAUACUGAGUUUCAUUAUUGUAAAUCAUUACAGUAUAUUUAUUUAGGAAAGGUCUAAAUACUCCUUACUCUGUACAAUUACUGCUUUUCUUGUUGUUUUCACCGAUCUGAGGAGGAAUGAAUUAAUUGCUUGAAGAACUGAAUAAUUGAAAUAAUUUGUAAAAUUCAUAUUGGUGCAAUAAUUGUAAUAAAUAAGCUUUACGAUGAAAUUGAAACUGUUCUUUAUUGUGUAUGAUAAACAUGAAAUACUGCAUUUCGAGGAUGAUGUAUGAAAAAUAAAAAUUCAAGGAAAUUAUUUUCCUUCGUGAAAGUAUUUUAUAAGAAAUGUUUAACUAAAUUGUACAUGAAAAAUGUUCAUUCCCAUGCUGAUGCAGCUCUACGCAGUUUACAUAAUUCAGAUUUCUAUUAUUAAAAAGAUAAACAUUAACACAAUUGAAUAUUUAAAUGACCUAAUUUUUAUUUUAUCUAUAGAUUCAGUGUCUCAUAAUUAAAAACCUUUCAUAAGUAGACAUCAGACAGCAUCCAACAAAAGUUGCUGUUUAAUUACAAAAUUUUUGCAUUCUUCUAAAGAAAGGCUCCCAAUCUUUUUUACUUGGUUACAGAAUGUUGGGUCAGAAGAGCAGAACAGUGUGGAAUAAGCUUUCCUGGUCUUGUGUUUUGUAGGGCUCUCUGCCAAUUUGCACGAACUUGUAUUCUUAUUAUUUUAAAGUUCAAGAAAAGAAAAUAGGAAUUACUGAACUUGUUAACCAAUAUAUUACUAGUUGAAAAGUUAAAUUUCUAUUUUUCAGCUUCCAACAUUUUAAUUUUCCACUGAAGUGCUUUCAAGAUCAUUAAGAUAUCAGAUUUUUGUAAAAUCAUGUGUAAGUAGAAAUGACAUAUCAGAAGUAUUAAAGAGGAAAGUGUUACUUCAUAACAUAAAUGAAAUACUUUGAUUUUAAAAUAAUGUAAUGGCUUACAAAUACAUUAAUAAAAAUGAAAAUUUAUCUCUCUAAAACAUUUUGACCUUUGAAUUCCCUAUCAAACCCCUCAUUUGUGCAUUAAGGAAAAUUUUAUCCCUUUGUUAAUUCACUAUUGGUACUUAGUUCUCAUGCACAAUAUAUCUAUCGAGCAAUAUUGAUAUUUCAAAAAUUAUUUAUGUUGAGAAAAUAAUUCGUUACUGAAGGAAGCUUGGACACACUUUUAUACAAUCCACUAAUGAACUUUAUAACAUCUAGUGUAAUAACCUGCGACAUUUUUAUGUUUACUGUUGUUCUGAAGGACCUAAUUUUCAUAAUUGUGGUGGAAAUCUGGAAUUAUUAGUAAGGAAUAUUUAUUGAUUAAGAAUGACAACCAAAUUAAUAUAUUUUUUACUGAACCAAGUGUUGAGUAAAUUACUCUAGGUCAAAUAUUAUAUUGAUGUGGUGAAACAACACUGGCCAGUUCCUGUAUUUUUGAAGAAAACCUGUGUGAUUAAGAAUUAUGAAGUAUGCAAAAACAUAUUUUACUAUAUGACUCAUUUUGUUAUUUAUUGCAAUGUACAUAUAUCCCGUUUCCCAAAUUUUCUUCAGUCAAAUUCAUCCAUUUACCUGAAAAAAUGAUUUUGAAUGCAGAAAAUUAAUUUUGAACAAGAAAAUAUGUAAAUAGGAGCAUUCUUACUACAGAAAAUUUGCAAUUAAAUUCCAG